AUGACAAGCUUUCCUUCCGAGUUCGCUGCCAAUCAACUGAAAAAGUAUGGCUGGUCUGAUGGUGAAGGCCUUGGCAAAAAUAAGGACGGUAUUUCCAGACCAAUCAAGGCGUCGAUGAAAUUCAGUCGACGGGGUCUUGGAGCAGUUCACUUGACUGCCAGGAUGGAUGAAUCGUUUUGGUCGGACGUCUACCAGGAAGCCGUCUCACGAGUGUGUGACAACACUUCAACACCAAGCAACAUUACCACUACCUCGGUCCUUCCGAAAGUUAAAUUUGUUUCCGCUAAACAUGAUCAAUCACGUACGGUUGAGAAGAACCAAAAGAGACGGCACACAAAGGUGGUCUUUCAGCUUGGAUCUGUUCUCAGUGGUUCGGGAGAACAUACUGUAUCACCAAGGGACGCUGAAGUAGCAUGCAACAAUGAAUGUUUGGUUGUCGCAGCGACUAAGGAAACUCCAGGUACAUCAACAAGCAAAAGGUUAAAAAUGGAAGAGAAUGAAUGCGAUUCCAAGUCGACAAAGCUCGGUAGUAAAGAGUCACUUAUUAAGCAGCCACUGCACUCCCUCUCUGACACCUGUUUGCUGGAAAUUGGAAAGGGCCGGACUGGGCAUCCAGCAGCCCGAUUUGGCAUUCGUUGCGGCGGAAAGCUAGCCCGAGCUGCAAAGUUCCUGUAG